GCGGGUUAUUUGUCCACGUCCAUGCUUUUGGUCGGAUUCAACUUUGGUGUAGUUGUGUCUUGUGAACAAAGAAAACUCGAUUUAACUGCCGGAAGCUCUCUAGUUUUUGAUAAUACUCUGUGAAGUUCGAUUCAAAAAACUCGGCAGCCCUAAAAGCUUAGAAGAAGAGAUCGAAAUGAGUCGUGGUAGUGGAGGUGGUUACGACCGUCAUAUCACCAUUUUCUCUCCGGAAGGCCGUCUCUUCCAAGUCGAGUAUGCGUUUAAAGCUGUGAAAGCCGCGGGAGUAACAUCUAUUGGUGUUCGUGGCAAAGACUCCGUUUGCGUAGUUACUCAGAAGAAAGUCCCCGACAAGCUUUUGGAUCCAUCAAGUAUUACUCAUCUUUUCGCUGUUACCAAGUACCUUGGCCUCGUAGCUACCGGAACUACUGCUGAUGCAAGGACAUUGGUUCAGCAAGCAAGAAAUGAAGCUGCUGAAUUUCGUCAUAAAUAUGGAUAUGAGAUGCCAGCUGAUACACUUGCUAGAUGGAUUGCUGAUAAAUCACAAGUCUAUACUCAGCAUGCUUAUAUGAGGCCUCUAGGAGUAGUUGCUAUGGUCUUGGGUAUUGAUGACGAGGUUGGACCUCAACUGUUCAAGUGUGAUCCUGCUGGCCAUUUCUUUGGUCACAAGGCAACAAGUGCUGGACUGAAAGAGCAAGAAGCAAUAAAUUUCCUUGAGAAGAAAAUGAAGAAUGAUCCAGCCUUCACAUAUGAGGAGACUGUCCAGACUGCAAUCUCAGCCCUACAAUCUGUUUUACAAGAGGAUCUGAAGGCUACUGAGAUUGAGGUUGGAGUUGUGGUGAAGGGAAAUCCCAUUUUCCGAGCAUUAUCUACUGAUGAGAUAGACGAGCACUUGACUGCAAUCAGUGAGCGUGACUAAAUUUGCAGCAGCAAGGGGUUUCUUCCUCAACUUGCUUGAAUUAAGAAUGAAGAAAUAUGUAAUUCGGAUAUGAUGAUACUUACUUCUCCUUCAUUUUUAAAAUGAAUGGUUAAAGUUGUCCUUGAAUUUGGUUGCUUUAGAUAUUUAUUUUUAGAUAUAUAUUCAUCUAGCGGAGUGCCCUUUUUAUUGGUCAAA